AACAUAGAUGGUUCACCACACUGCAGGAGAGAAUUGAUAUUCUCUGUAAAACCAGAACGGAACUGGGAACCCACACUUCAGUUCUCAAAAACACUGUUGCAGUGAAAAAGGAAGAACUUGCAUGUUUCCAGCUAGAUCACAAAGAGGCAGUACAGGCUCUGCACCAGUCAGUGCUUCCUCUUGUCAACAUUCAGUUUGCAACGGUAGACGAUGGAAGCAGCAUGGAGCUGUCCCAGCUUCUCAACGAGAUCAGAACACAUUACGAAGAGUUCAUCACCAGCAACCGGAUAGAAGUCAAUCCCCUCAGUAGAGCACAGCUGGAAGAAGAAGCUAACCGGAGGAUGAGCAAAGAGGAAGAAGCAUUAAAGAUGGCCAGAGCUGAGCUUAAUGAGGCAAGACGUCAGUGGCAAAGUCUGCAAGUGGAAAUUGAAUCUCUAUAUGCUCUGGAGAAAGGCUUGAAGAAUUCCCUUCAAGCCACAGAAGAUCAUUAUAAAGCAGAACUUCAAAGUUUGGCGGCUAUUAUAAAGGAACUUGAAGAAGAGCUUCAUGAUGUCCGGCAAAACAUAGAAAAGCAGCUAACUGAGCAUCAGACACUGCUAAACACUAAUGUGAGGCUGGAACAGGAGAUCACAAGGUACAGAAGGAUACUGGAGAAAGAAGAGAGCAGACUUGGCAAUACUCUAGAAGGUACCAUCAAACAGAGUAAGCUUGAGGUAGAAGAUGAUCUCAGACCUAUUGUGAGCAUGAAACAUGUCUCCUCUGGCUCUCCUUCAGAAACAAGUCUGGAAAAAAGCAUUGAAACGGUUAAAACAGAAGAGGUUGUAAAUGGUUACAUUGUAAAAGAAAGUGCUGAGGCCCACGGCACUGUUCGGGCAGAGAAAGUGGAUGCAGUUAUUAGAAAAUGGGAAGACUCUUUCUUCAAAGACCACCCUCGCCUGCGGAAGAAAACGGUGUCUCUGCGUUUUGAUCUUCAUAUGGCAGCAUCAGAUGAAAACUGUUCUCAGAAAAGCCAGGAUGAGCCACCAAAUAUUGAAGUACGACUAGUGAUGAAAAGAUCUCAGAGUAUUCCAUCAAUCAACCAAUGAAAAGUCACCUGAAAGGGUAUCUGCAGUAGGACUAACAGUGCACAAUGUAUAUUCAUUCCAACCAAGAUCUGUUAAGUGUAGUUGUCUCAGUGGGAGAUAUC